UCUAAUUUUAGGCAAUCCCACUUAUUCCAAGAUGGCUUCCUUGGCAAGGACACCCCGACUUUUGAAUGGCGUGAAGAAGGCUAUUGCUUCAGCUAGACAUUUUUCGGUGACAUCCCAAACCCUGAAAGGCCACACAAGUGACCAAGGUCCUAAUACCGAUGUGGUUACACAUACAGGACAGAGUUGGGAUACUGACGACCACAGAAGGUCACGUUUCCAUGGAAAAGACAAACUGGUGAACAGGAGCUUUGCCCAAGAUUUGGUGGCUGCAGAACCAGUGGUAGUGGUGAACGAUAGGCAGGUGAUGAGCAACAGUGGUGGGGCGCUCGGUCAUCCCCGAGUCUUCAUUAACCUGGAUGCAGAUAAAGUGGCAGUUUGUGGUUAUUCUGGACGGAAAUUUAUACAGAAGAAAUAUUAUGACAAAUUAAAGCAUGGAGCUGGUAUUACUUAUGAUGAAUACAUGAACGAAAUUACAGCUCCUGACUUUUGUGGAUAAUGUAACAACUGUGUAGACCAUAAUCAUUUAAGUGUACAUGGGAUUUUGUAAAUAUUGGGUGAUGUUGUGAAUAAACAAUAUAAAAAAUA